AUGUUGCCGGCUGCAUCACGUCGACUUGCAUUGUUGCUCUUGCUCAUAUUCAUUAUCGUUUUGGUUCGAUCAUCGAUCAAUCCACAUGAUCCAUUUGUGUGGUUUUUAGAAAUCUUUCCCGCAGUUGCAGGUGUACUGGUCAUGAUACUUGUUUCACCGACAUUUCGUUUUACAAAUCUCGUUACUAUACUUGUGUUUAUUCAUUGCUUGAUUUUACUACUUGGAGCUCAUUAUACUUAUGCUGAAGUUCCAUUCUUCAAUCAACUUCGAGAUAUAUUUCAUUUCAAACGAAAUAAUUAUGACAAAGUCGGCCAUUUCGCACAAGGUUUUAUUCCCGUUCUUAUUGUACGUGAAGUUCUUAUACGAUUACGAAUUCUUGCAACGAAUAUUAACAAAUUUUGGUUACCAUAUAUCUGUGUGUCGGUUACACUGAGCUACUCAGCCUUAUACGAAUUAAUUGAAUGGGCUGUGGCGAAAGCAACUGGUACAGCAGCUGAUGCGUUCCUUGGCUCUCAAGGUGAUGUUUGGGAUACACAAAGUGACAUGUUUUGCUGUCUAAUUGGAUCGAUUACUGCUUUGAUAUUGUUGACAAAACGACAUGACAGAUCUAUUGCACGCGUCGAACAACGAGAGAAAAAGAAAAUGAAAUAA